AUGCCCAUCUCCUGCAUGAGUCAGUCCCGUGCCACCCCGUCCCCGCAGAGCUGCCUCAGCAGGCAGCAGCUCCUGGCCGCCAUCCGGCAGAUGCAGCAGCUGCUGAAGGGGCAGGAGACGCGCUUCGCCGAGGGCCUCCGCAUGAUGAAGAGCCGGCUGAGCACCCUGCACGCCUCCCUGGCCAAAGCCACCCCCGAGCCGCCGGCUGCCUCCUGCCCUGCCCUGCAAGCCCCUGCAGACGGGAAGAAGUUUGGCACCAAGUAUUUGGUGGAGCAUGAGGUUCACUUCACCUGCGACCCGGGCUUCCAGCUCCUGGGCUCCAGCACGCGGACGUGCCAGGCCAACGGCAGCUGGACCGGGCAGGAGCCCCGCUGCGCAGACAUCGACGAGUGCGCCCUGUCCCAGGAUAACUGCACGAGAGGGACCACCUGCAUCAACACGGGGGGGGGCUUCCAGUGCGUCAGCCCCCAGUGCCCUCAAACCACAGGCAACGUCACCUACGUCAAAACAUCACCCUUCCAGUGCGAGCGCAACCCCUGCCCGAUGGAGAGCCGGUCUUGCCACCAAGCACCCAAAACCAUCUCCUUCCACUACCUUCCCCUGCCAUCCAACCUGCUGACGCCCACCCCGCUUACGGCAGCGGCGCCCGGCCGGCCGGGACCCGACAGCCUGCGCUUCGGCAUUGUGGGGGGCAACAACCGUGGCCACUUCGUGAUGCAGCGCUCGGACCGGCAGACCGGGGAGCUCAUCCUGGUGCAGAGCCUCAAGGGUCCCCAGACCAUCCAAGUGGAUGUGGACAUGUCCGAGUACCUGGAUCGCGUCUUUCAGGCCAAGCACGUGUCCAAAAUCACCGUCUUUGUCUCUGCCUAUGAGUUUUAG